CUCUGCGUCGGCAACGACAGUCCGGCCCAGCCGCGCGCCGCUCCUCCGAGUCCGUCCGCCCGCUCGCCGUCUCCACGGACUUCCGCUCCGUGCUGGCCUGACCCUCCACGUUUGUGGGGCGGAGACAUGGCGGCCGUGUGGAGCAGCGCUACGGUUCUCCUGAUUGUUGCCACCUGCGCCACUUGUGCCGGCAGCGCGUGCGCGCUGAUGGAGGAGGAGAAGCAGGCGACGUUCCUGACGGCGGCCGUGGGCGAGUACGUCGUCUUCAACUGCCAGCUCGACUUCCCGCACGACAUCGUCAUCCCGCACAUCCUGCGCUGGAACAAAGACGGACGCGCAGUGUUCUCCUGGUACGACGGCGUGCUCACGGCGGACCCCGGCUACCUGGGUCGCGUGUCCCUGGUGUCUCCAGACGCGCCGUACGGCCGCGGCUCGGUCAACCUCACUUCCAUCAGGGAGACGGACUCCGGCUGGUACGAGUGCGUCGUCUUCUUCCCCAACCGCACGCCGGCGACCAGGCCCAACGGCACCUGGUUCCACCUCGCCGUAGAAGGGGGGACGCUGCUGACGAUCCCGCCCAUCAACCAGACGGUGAUGGAGGGCGAGCCGGCGCACUUCCCGUGCGUCACCAAGGAGAGCAACUCGACGGUGACGUGGUUGCGCGACGGCGUGCCGCUGACUGACCUGCGCGGGCUGGCCGGCCGCGUGCGCGUCUCGGAGGACGGCUCGCUCACCAUCACGCGCACCGACAUGGCCGACCCGGGCGAGUACGUCUGCGUCGUCACUAACGCGCACGGCCACCGCCACACCGCCGGCGCCUUCCUCGACGUGCACUACAAGGCCAAGGUGGUGUACGCGGCGCGCGAGAUCUUCCUGCCGUACGGCCGGCCCGCCGUGCUGGACUGCCACUUCCGGGCCAACCCGCCGCUCACCAACCUGCGCUGGGAGAAGGACGGCUUCCUGUUCGACCCGUUCAACGUGCAGGGCGUCUUCUCGCGCAGGAACGGCUCCCUCUACUUCAGCAAGGUGGACGAGUCUCACGGUGGCAGGUACACGUGCACGCCCACCAACGAGCUGGGCUCUGAGGGCCCUAGUCCGCCCAUGAUGGUGAUCGUGCAGCGGCCGCCCGUCUUCACGGUGAGGCCCCACAACCUGUACCUGCGGCGAGCCGGAGACUCCGUCGUCAUGCCGUGCGACGCCAUCGACGGCGACGAGGCCCACCGGCCCACCAUCGUCUGGUUCCGGAAGGACGGGUCUCCGCUGCCGGUGGAGCGCAUCACGCUGCACAACGGCAACCUGACGAUCGAGAAUAUCAAGGAGAGCGACCGCGGCCUGUACCAGUGCGUGGCGUCCAACGAGGCGGCCACCAUCUCGGUGGACACGGAGCUGAUGAUCGAGAACGUGGCGCCGCGCGCGCCCUACAACCUGAGCGCCACCAGCGACGAGACGUCCGUCACGCUGCGCUGGGUGCCCGGCUUCACCAGGCCGCCCAUGGACUACAGCAUCUGGUACCGGCCCGCGGACACCCCAGAGUGGCGGACGAUGAAGCUGGCGUCCCGGACCAGCACAGAGGCGACGGUGCGCGACCUGGGCCCCGGCAGGACGUACGAGUUCAUGGUGCUCAGCCAGGACUCCUACGGCGACGGGAUGUUCAGCAAGAUGCUGCAGGUCCGCACCAAAGGUAGUCCUGUCCACAACAGUUCGGCACAAGAACUGGGCUCGUUCCAGCAGAUCGGGCCGCCGCACAACGUGACGGUGCAGCUGACGGACGACGGCUACAUGGUGUCGUGGGAGCCGCCGCUGUUCGGCAGCGAGGACCUCAAGUCGUACACCGUGCGCUGGACCGAGGGCCCGCGCCAGCAGCUGUACGGCCGCGCAGACACCACCGACACCUUCUUCGUGGUGCCGCACCUGGAGGAGGGCGCGACGUACCAGUUCGAGGUGUCUGCGCGGUCGCACAACGAGUACCUGGCGACGAGCCCUAGGGUGGAGGUGCGCGUGCCCAGCCAGCAGCAGCAGCUGCGCGCCGUCGCACUCGGCGUCGCCGCCUCGGCGCUGCUGGUGGCCGCCGCCGCCGCCGCCGCCUGGUACCUGCGCCGCCUCCACCUGCGCCGCUCCGCCGUCCUCUCCAACUCCAGGCUCAAGGGCGUGCCGCACUGCUGAGAGCCACCAGUCCGUCGUGGCGUCCACUAGAACAUCCACAUUUCAUCUGCCUCGUGUCGCCCAACUUCCAGGGAAAAUCGGCUAACAUGACGAACUUAUGCUAUGUACAGGGUGGGCGAAAGGAAACUGGUCCGGAAUACAUAUUGUGCACCUUAACAGUGGCAACCUAAUUUACCUCAUAAGCCCCCUUAAGAUAUGCAACCCGAGUUACAUCAUACGACACCGUUGCGGAUGAUGUAACUCGGGUUGCCUACCUUACGGGGGCUGGUAAGGUGAAUUGGGUUGAAGGAGUUAAGGUGCACGAAAUGUUUUCCGCACCACCCUUUAUCUUCCCCACCUUGUAUAAUUUCCCUGACUUCAACAUUUGUAGAAAUGGUACUUUGUCUUGGAGACAGUGAGCGACUUUUCAUUGUACACUUUUUUUUACGCAUUCACACAAUUUUUUUUUUUUUGUCGUUAACAUAUCACCCACCACUGGCCAUCAUUGAAAAUUGUAAACGACAAAGGAAAAAACACUUAUUUACAUCUCACAAACUGCCACAUGGUCCAUAUAGAACAGUGAUCCUAAAAGUAUAGAAUAAAUAUUUUUAUUUCCGUCUAUGAUUACAAACUUCUUAGGUCCUCAGACUACCUAUUUCGCUCAGCAGUGGUCAUCUUCAGAUCUGUAGCAAAACAUGAGGAAAACACAAAUACAACUAGUGGAUUGUCUACAUCUUAAAACAGUGAAAUAGGCCAUAAUGAAAAAUAUUACUGAUAUACAUGUGUGAAUCGUGCGCUUUAAAUAUGACGAGGCACACCUGUUUCAGAAAUAUGUCCUAAUAUAAUGGAGCCUUAGUGGCAUCGUUAGAAGAUGAACAGAAGUCAGCAUAUUCGUAAAUAGAUAAAAUAUGCUACAUACGUGUCGUCUUGUUAUCGGCGCUACUGUUCGUAUCAAACUGCUGUAAAGUGAGCACAAAAUGUUUGUGUCGUAAGCUUUGUUAUCUCUACACCCAUUAGACAACAUAAAAUUGUAAAAAGCAAAAUUAAUUUUCAUACCGAUUAAAAUCACCAAGUAACACUUUGUCAGACGGAAUAAAAUCCUCAGGAUGCAAGUGCUACGUGAGGGCUACUGCUCCACUCCUUACGUUGCAGAUGCAAUACCCCUAGGCGAAGAGUCGGUAGAACUUACAUUCGUGGUUUCCUUGAAAUUUCCUUUUGGAUAAAAGAUAUUUGUAAAAGAAUUCUAGGUAUGAAUGUCUCUCUAAAAGAAUUUUGUAAGAGUUUUAAAAAAAAUCGUACAAAGACGAGUGAUAGUAUAAAAAAGAUAAGACAAUAUCUCAAAGUAAAAUUCAGUUAUGUACACUUGAACAAAAAUUAAUCUUUAAAAAGAAGUGUUGUUUAUUCGGUAAAAAUACAUCCAAACUUUCAACAGAAUCGGGGUAACUGUUCGGACAUCUGAAAAUAACGUUACUUCCAUAAUGAAGAAGGAAUAGGACUCUCUGUGGACUUAAUGUUGUUUCAUUUUUUAUGUCACGACGUGUACCAUGAUCCACUUGAAAAAACUGCACUCAGUGUUUAUGAGCACUUUUCUUGGUUUUGAGAUUUUUUUAAAGUAUCGCAGUUCUUUUAUAUCACAAAAUUAGGUCUCGAGGGUUCAGCAUAUCUCUUGUCACUGUAAGUUUUGUACAUCAGUUUUAUAAACAACUUUUUUUCCUUUUGAAAAGAUUAAUCAAUGUUUCAGUUAAAAGGGAACUGUUAACUAGGUCAUCACUGUAAACUUAGCGAACUCUGCCACGACGUCGCUUAUAGGACGUGGGGUGGAGUCCUCUUGUAACACUUGCACCCACCGUUUUUUCCAGUCUGACAGAUCGUAACUUGGUGUCCAUCUAAUGUUGAUUUCAGUCGCUACGAACAUUAAUUUUCGUUUCAAUUUUCUCAUGUUGCCCCCUAUACAUAGUGUUCACAAAGCAAAAUACAUAUUCAUUCGUUUCUUUUCUCUAACUCCGAUGAGUGACAAUGGUGGCUGACACCAGUUACCGACAUAAAGCAUUUUAGUAAUUACAUCAAAGAAAAUAUUCGGUGUACGUUUACUAUUUGUUGCUCUGGGGUAGAAAAUUGACAGAAUCUUCUUACUACUGUCCAGUUUAAACUAACAUUUAAAAUAAUUCAUUUCCCAAGUUUGUGAGUGAAAAGUUUCUUCUCCUCCACCUUGCACCAAUGGUUGACAGCUUACAAAAUGAGUAUGGAAUAAUAAGCGUGACAGACUGACUGAUUAAUUCCUUUCUGGACUAUCAAUAAUAUCCAGUAAAAUGUAUAUUUAUGUACUGUAUCUAAGACACGUAAAAAGAACUUUGAAAAAUCUAUUUGUUCGAAAGUAGAAUGUAUCUCUCAUGAGCAUUAAUAUUUAUAAAAUAUUUCCUCUCGAUCAGUGUAGUACAGUCCAUGCGAUUUAGUUCGACGUCACAACUCUCUCUCUCUCUCUCUCUCUCUCUCUCUCUCUCUCUCUGUUCCUGCUCCCCCCUGAAGGUACCGAAGAAGUGAUUAGUUCCCUUCGAUCAUUCUUCUGUUAUUUAACUGCCUCUCGAGAAUCGAUUGUCUGAAUAUCUAACUGUCCUGUUUAUAGCUGGUUUAAUAUGAACAUCUUCGUGCUGGCUACAUGUGACAUUAUUUGUUGUUCUUGAAAUAAUCCUUUCAUGUCACAUUCUAACUUGUGGUGUAGAAUUUCUAGAAAGAAGAAAAGUAUUCACUAGUAGUUGCAUUCCGUAGCCAAAUAUGUUCGCUAUAGAUCUUCAAAAGAGUGUACGUUACAUCUCCAAAUAUUUUAUCAUCUUAAAGUAUGUGGCACAGAAAGAGUCUCGUUAAGUAUUGAAAAUUAGAGAAACACCGUGCGUGCAUCUAGUCUUACAGGCUAGCAAAUUUUCUUUGAUAUUUCGAACGGUCAUCUGCAACAAUAUUUCUGUCAUUUGGAAAGAACUGUAGCAUAGAAAUUUUCAUCUUAUGCCCCGACACACCCGGCUUGCAGUCAGAUAUUCGUCACCAACGUUUGACACAUGUUACCUCUCUUCAAUUUCACUUGUUUCCUUUUUUCAUCCGCCAACACCUUUGUUCGGACAACCUGUUACUUAACAGAUUAAAAUUGUUGCAAACAAGAUUUUGUUACGACAAGUGGCGCAAGGUAUGCAACAAACCAAGUACAUGCCUUUUGUUUCAGAUUGAUAUCCACCUGUUGGUAAAUUCGCCAUUUCAUAUCUAGAAUGAAGUAUUAAUCCUGCCUUCUUCAGCAGCUGACAUAACUUUGACAGAAACUUCUUUUAAAUGUUUUCAGAAUGGUGUCAGCUCAUUCUGGAAUGGUCUUUACAGCUCUUUGUAUAUACUGAAAGUAAAUACCAGUCUCCCGGUAAUGUGUUGAUGUAUUUAUUAUGAGUCUUACAGUUUUGUAUAUAUGUAUUUUAUGAGCAAUCUACGUGCCUUUUAAUUGUGAUCUAAAUCCAACAAAGAUGGAAGUAUAUGGCCCUGAGUGAUAAUUUAGUAAGUCCUGUGUUCAUAUGUUGUUAAAAUAAAAUGU